CGAGUUACGUUAUACUUCAUGCACACAUAGAAUAAACCAAUAGGAACGCGCGGACGCGACGCGGCGCCGCUCAGGCCAUCGGUCGCUCAGUUGUGAACCGAACUUGAAGGACGCCGGCAGUGCACGCUGUUCUUAUAAAAAAUACUCCGACAAAUCCAUCCGGGAAAUGAAUCCAUCUCAUUCCACACGUAAAAGAAGAGGGGAGUCAUGGUCUGAAGACACUAUGAAAGUUGCCAUUAAAGCUGUGCAAAGAGGUCAUUUGACUCAGCGAUCAGCAGCGGCAAGGUAUAAUAUUCCGCGAAGAACUUUAAGAGACCAUUUAAAAACAGGUCAAGAAAUUAAACGUUUGGGGAGAAAACCUAUUUUAACGAAUACACAAGAAAAAGAUUUAGCAUCGCGGAUAAAAAGAUUUGCUAGUAUUGGGAUUCCACUAACGCCUAAAUUCAUAAGAAAACAAGCUUUCUUAUUUUGCGAGAGCUAUGACAUAAAAAAUAAUUUCAAUAAAUCCAAAAGGAUUGCCGGCGUAGAUUGGUUAAGAUACUUUUUAAAAAGAAAUCCAUCCAUUAGUAAACGAAAACCGCAAAUAAUGAACCCAGCUCGUGCACAAAAGUUGAAUAAACCUAUUGUUCAACAACAUUUUCAGAAUAUCCGCAAAUUAUAUGAUGAGUUAGACAUACUGCGACAUCCAGAGAGAUUAUAUAAUAUGGAUGAAAAGGGAUGUCGAAUAACUGUGCAUAAACAGCAUACAGUUUUAGCUGAAAAGGGGAGCAGAAGGGUUCAUCUCAUUGCCCCAGAACAUGCAGAAAAUGUCACCAUUGCGAUGUGUGUGAAUGCCAUAGGUACAUCGAUUCCAGCUAUGAUUCUUUUUAAAGGCCAAAGACAAAGGCCAGACCUAACAGAAAAUCUACCUGCUGGAACGUUAGUUAGAAUGGCACCGAAGGGAAGUAUGACUUCAGACCUAUUUGUGGAAUUUAUUCAGCACCUGGCAAGACAUAAAGUCGUUGAUAAAUGUUUAUUAAUUUUUGAUGGUGCAAAGUGCCAUCUAUCAGUUGAGGCGUUAGAUGAAGCUGAAAAGAAUGAUAUAGUUUUGUACUGCCUUCCUUCCAAUACUACUCACGAGCUGCAACCGUUAGACAAAUCGGUAAAUAAAUCCUUUGAGCAUCACUGGGAUGAAGCUGUCUUGAAUUACAUGUCAGUAAGCGCUGUUAGGACAUUGAAUAAAGCUGAUUUCAAUAAAAUAUUUUCACAAGUGUGGCCCAAAUGUAUGACACACUCUAAUAUAGUGAACGGAUUUAAAGCAACAGGCUUAUAUUCCUAUAACCCUGAAGCAAUACCAGAAGAAGCAUUUGCUCCGUCAGUUUUAUCUGAAAUUCCAUAUCCUCAAAACCAAAACCAACCAGUGCAGAAUCCUAAAUCUGAUGCUAAUGUUGACACUGACUCUGACGAAAAUCAGCAUAAUCUUGAUGUAAACACAUCAAACCUACGAAACAUUACUCUUGAUGAAUUUAAUAAUGAUACUGACGACAAUCUAACUGUGAUGCCACGUAAUGAACAGUGUGACAAUCUUCAUAAUUUUUUACAUGAACCAACACCAUUAACAGCUCAAAACAUAUCUCGUAUUGUUGAUUAUAGCUCAUCUACUGAUGUUUCUGAAAAUGAAUUGGAAAACCCUACGCCGCAUGAUUCGUUCCGUAAUUUAUGUGUUUCACCUUCCAUAAUUCCUGAGAGUCUUUCUAUGUUACUUGAAGCACCUGCAAACAAAGAAAGCUCUACAAGUAAUAAUAUUGAUAUGGCAGUUCCCAGUUGUUCAGGCGUGCAAAGACCUAUACGCCGAACAUACAGUUCUGACUCAUCUGACAUAGAUAGUUUAAUGUUCAUGCCAUCUCAUGAUAAGGUAAAAUAUUCAAUUGAAAACAUCUAUGGUUUUUCAUCAGAUGAAGAAAAUGAAAUUUUAUCUAUCAUUAAUAAAGAAAUAACUACACCUAAAAAGCAAAUAUUCAAUCUUGCAUAA